AUGGCCGCGAAGUCGGAUGGAGCCGGAGCGGCCUCGGCAGUGCGCAUGGAGGGCGCGGAGAGCGGCGGCGGGGGCACCCUGCCGGGCGGGUCCCGCCGAGGCGGGGGCGCGGGGCCCGGGCCGGGCAGCCCCUUGGCGGCCGCCCCGCCGGUGCCCCGCGCCUACAGCCUGCUGGACUGCUGCUGGGUGCUGUGCGCCCUGCUCGUCUUCUUCUCGGACGGGGCCAGCGACCUGUGGCUGGCGGCCGAUUACUACCUGCGGCGCCAGCUCUGGUGGUUCGGCCUCACGCUGCUCUUCGUGCUGCUGCCCUCGCUCGUGGUGCAACUGCUCAGCUUCAGGUGGUUCGUCUACGACUACGCGGCGCCCCGAGCCCCCGGGCCGGCCGCGAACCCGGCCGCGGCCCCCGCCGCCAGCACCAAGGACAGCGGCUGCACCAAGGACAGCGGCCGGCCCGGCUCCGCGCUCCUCUCGCCUCCCCCCGCCCCGGCCCCCAGCGCCUACCGGACCCGGGGCUGCUGCCGCCUUUGCAUCUGGAUCCUGCAGUCCCUCAUCCACCUCCUGCAGCUGGGACAGGUCUGGAGGUACCUCCGGACCCUGUACCUCGGUCUCCAGAGCCGCUGGCAGUCAGAGCACAGGCAGCGCCACUUCUUCUGGAGGAUGAUGUUUGAGAGCGCGGACAUCAGCAUGCUGCGGCUGCUGGAGACCUUCCUGAAGAGCGCCCCCCAGCUGGUGCUGCAGCUGAGCAUCAUGGUGCAGCAGAACAACAUCGAGCCUCUGCAGGGUCUCUCAGCCUCGGCCUCCCUGGUGUCCCUGGCGUGGAUGAUCGCCUCCUACCAGAAGGUGCUGCGGGACUCGCGGGAGGACAAGAUGCCCAUGUCCUACAAGGGGGCAGUGGUGCAGAUCCUCUGGCAUCUGUUCACCAUCGCUGCCCGCGCCAUUGCCUUCGCCCUCUUUGCCUCCGUGUUCCAGCUUUACUUUGGCAUCUUCAUCGUCACGCAUUGGUGCAUCAUGACCUUCUGGAUCAUCCAAGGGGAGACGGACUUCUGCAUGUCCAAGUGGGAGGAGAUCAUCUACAACAUGGUGGUGGGCAUCAUCUACAUCUUCUGCUGGUUCAACGUGAAGGAGGGCCGGAGCCGCUGCCGCAUGGCCAUCUACUACACCAUCACGCUGGCAGAGAACGCGGCCCUCACCGGGCUCUGGUACAUGUACUACGACCGCCAGGCCACCUCAGACUUCGACGCCUUAAUCAUCGUCUGUGUGGUCUCCUCCAGCUUCGCCCUGGGCAUCUUUUUCAUGUUCAUCUACUACUGCCUCUUGCACCCCAAUGGGCCAGUGUUUGGCCCCCAGACCACAGGCUGCAUUUUCAAAAAGGCGCCGGCCGCCUGCGUGGGGCCCCCAGAGGACGUUAUCACCAGCCCCCCGCGCUCCCUGCCACGGACUACAGGGGGGGAGAGGGAAGGGGUGCCAGGGGACAGGGACAGCUGCGUGCCUGUUUUUCAGGUCAGGCCAAGCGUCCCCCCGACCCCUGUUGCCCGUGCCCCCCGGACAGAAGGGCCCGUCAUCCGAAUAGAUCUGCCCAGGAAGAAGUACCCGGCCUGGGAUGCCCAUUUUAUUGACAGGCGGCUCCGUAAGACGAUCCUAGCGCUGGAGUAUUCUUCUCCGGCUACCCCGCGCCUGCAGUACCGCAGCAUGGGGGCCUCGCAGGAGGUGCUGGAAUAUGAGACCACGGUGUAGGCCACCACGGGAGCCAUGUAACUGCCUAGCAUGCCCCCCUGCCGUGGGGCUGACACGAUGGUGCAUUUCCAGAGCCCAAGGGGGUCGCUGGUCGGAGCCCACUGGCCGCCAGCCCACGCCUGGCCUUCCGCUGCGCUGGAGAGUGGCUGUUCAGUAUCUUCUUAGCAUUUUGCCUUUUGUGUUCCUUAGCACUGAUGGCCCCCCACCUCCCUGCUCUACCCCCCCAUCCCAGAGGGGUUGGCGAGGUCAGCUGGUGCUACCCCCACACUCUGCCUUGACGAGCUCUCCCUCUAGCGAUGCCAUGGCAAAGUUUUCUUCCCCGGGCCCCAGCUGCAUCCAGGCCGCCUCCCUGGCAACCCCACAGACAGGCCCAGAGGAGUCCAUCCUCCCCUCCAGGCAGGCGGCUUUGUUGGUGCUGAAAUACCUCACCCGUACCUGAGCUCAAACAGCCUGGAGCUGCCCCACGGUGUGGCCGCUAGCCACCAGCAAAGGGGCAGGGUACCUGGUGCAGGGGGGUUUGCACAGAGCCCGGCUGGAGAGGGUGGUGAGCAGCUUCCCUGUGGG